AAGGAAAACGUCUCCUCUUCCCCGCCGUUCUUUCGACCGCAGUAUUUCUGACUCGAUCAGACUGCAGAUGCACAUAUGUGGGGGAAAUAUCGACAUUCUGCCUUUCUUCUGUAAUCUCCAUCUGGUUCAGGAAUCUUUGACUCACUACCGUCAUGGCCCAUGGACAUGAACAUGGACAUGAACAUGGACAUGGGAAAAUGGAACUUCCAGAUUACAGACAAUGGAAGAUAGAAGGGACACCAUUAGAAACUGUCCAAAAGAAGCUUGCAGCACAAGGGCUAAGGGAUCCAUGGGGCCGGAAUGAAGCUUGGAGAUACAUGGGUGGCUUUGCAAACAACGUUUCCUUUGUUGGUGCAUUAUUAAAAGGAUUCAAAUGGGGAUUUGCUGCAUUUGUGGUAGCUCUGGGAGCUGAAUAUUUCCUGGAGUCCCAGAACAAAGAUAAGAAACAUCACUAAAGAUAAUACCUGGACACACCUUACUGGUUUCUUAACUCUCUUAUAAAAUUAAGAUUUCUUCACUAUAGCCUAUUUGUCUGUGUGUUUGCCCCUUAAAGAAUGUAAGUAAGAUAUAAUAAAGUAAGGAAAGCACA